AUGUCCGGUAAUCGUCUAUCCCAGUGCGGCAGUAUGGCGAACCACGUGAGACGACACUGUUUCCCCUUGGAGACAUUUACUUGUGACAUCGCCAAAAUUGAAGCUUUUUACUGUAAACACUGUGAUUUUAAGACUGAACUAACAAUUCUAUUUAAACAACACAUUCAACAACAACACGGCCUUAAGAGAGACUCUAGAAAUGAUAUAUCUGUCCAGAAUUUCCUGAUACAAAACUACGUUUGCAAACAAUGCGACUUUGAAACAAAUCUGUCGUUGAGGUGGCUUCAGCAUACUUCAGUAUGCACGGGUACGAAAAAAAAUCUUCAAAGUGUGAGUUCUUUGAAAGAGAGUGCCACAUGCAGUUCCGACUUCAAGCAAACUGACGAAACACAUUGGCAUUAUUGCGUUGAAUGUCCCUACAAAAGCAAACUCAAAGUAUAUUUAAAACGUCACAUUAAAAAUAGCCAUUCGGACAAACGGUACGCAUGCGACAAGUGUCCGUUUAAAAGUAGACGUAAAUCCGAUUUAAAAAUUCACAUUAAUAGAAUUCACUUAGAUGAACAAGAUAUUGAGUGGCACAAGUGCCAAAAGUGUCGAUUCAAGACCAAAGCAAAAUAUAGUUUAAGACUACACACAAACAGCUUACACUUGAACGACGAAGACGUUAAGUGGUACAAAUGCAAAAAGUGUAGUUUCAAAACUAAGUAUAAAAGAUACAUAAAGGUACACCUAGAUACGAGACAUCCAGAUGAAGAAAAAAUUAAAUGGUACGAAUGUGAAAUUUGCCCAUUCAAAGCCAAAUUGCCGUCGUACUUAAAAAAACAUGUAAUUUAUCAACAUUUGGAUGAAAAAGAAUGUAAGUGGUAUGAAUGUACGACCUGUUCAUAUAAAAGUAGAAGAAGGACUAAUUUUAGAAGGCAUGUGAAGAUCCAUUUGAAGAUCAAAUCGUAUCAGUGCGACUACUGUUCAUAUAAGACGCAAUACAGUAAAUGUUUAAUGCGUCAUAUAAAUAAUCGUCAUGAGAAUAGAACGGAUGUUAAGGAGUAA